AUGCGUCCAUCAACAGAUAACAGACUGAUUGGAAGGCAGUUGGAAAUAGAGAGCAACAGAAGAGGAACAACACAGACACCACAGCUCCAAGAAGAGGUUGAAGGAAAAAUGGCCAAGGAUACGUUUAUGGAAAAAUACUCAGCAAAAAUUAGAAAACGAGUUAAUCAUACACGGAAUAUGUGUCGCAAACAUAAAAAUAUUCAAAAGAUGAAAGAAUAUCCAACUCUUUUGGUGAAUGAGGAACACAAACUUGUUUACUGUCAAACACCUAAAGUUGGUACAGUUAGCUGGUGCAAAAUAUUCCUACAACUUUCUGGAUAUAAGAACCGUUCGGAGCUAAUGAAUAUGAAUGUUAUACAGGUGAGUGCAGCAUGGAAAAAGCACGUACCGCGACUAAGUGAUUUUCCAGCCGCAAAACAGAAGGAAAUAUUAGCAAACUACACCAAGAUCAUGUUUGUUCGGAACCCUUUAACACGCCUGCUAUCAGCCUACAACGAUAAGUUGGUCCUAAAGAGUUCAAGUGAUAGACAACCUUAUUACCAGAACACAGUCAACAAACGUAUUUUAGCUUUUUUCAGAAUAGGAGGGGGGAAAAAAAGAAAUUAUGCAACAUUUAGAGAAUUUGUUAGAAUGUUAAUUUCCAAACAGCACUACAUUGCAGACGUCCAUUGGAGCCCCAUGCAUUCUGUAUGUUUUCCGUGUAGUAUUGACUAUGACGUUAUUGGUCAACUUGAAGAUAUUGAAAAUGAAUCAAAUUAUAUAUUAAGACAUGUUGGAGCUGAUAUAGAAUUCCCUCAUUCGACCGGAACUCAUUUUACAAACAGUUCAAGUUAUGAAAAGGUUAUAAAAAGUUAUGCUACAAUUCCACGUUUCGAUCUUCUGAAUUUGUAUCAGAAAUAUAAAUAUGAUUUUUUGUUGUUUGAUUAUAAUCAAAGUCUUGCAAUGCUCUAAGGCAAAGAUAAUGCUCUAAGGCAAAGAUAAUAAAUAGCAGGAUAUAGAGCACCUCCCCAAUAUAGUGGAACAUCCGUUCAAAAGGCAUUGUGGGUACACGGAGAGCAAUUAUACUGCAACCGCGCGGCGGCGCUAUAUAAAAAUAAUAAAGGCGCUGCUCUUGUUCGCUUGUCUCCUUUAGUUUCUCCAUUUAGUAAAGUGUUCAAAUUUUACUGCAACCGCAGGAGGGCGAAUGUUCCAUCGAUUUUAAUACGCGGAGCAGCUCAUUCUUCUGCUAUUUAAGUUCUUUGUCUAAGGUUAUUAGGUUAAUACACAAUAUAUAUAAGAAAUAUUAUUUUUAAAAGUAAAAAUAAAAUAAUAAUAAUAAUAAACAAAAAUGCAGAAAAGGCUUCUGCUCUCUGGAAAUGGCAACACUUCCAACUCUCUGAGAUAGAUACGUGAGACUUGUAUGAUUAUUAUUACUUUACCAUUAUGUUAUAUCAUAGUGUACUUGGAUGGACGCCUAUACCUUACGUAAAAUAUCUAGGAUAAUGUUUUAUUGCAUUAUUUAUGUUAAGUUUAACAUUUAAAUGAUACGCUCUAAAUUAGUGAGUGUUCAAUAUAAUUCUCAUUAACUGUUGAAGAAAAAUUCAACCUUAUGUCAGUUCCAACCACCGACCCAUCCGUUCCUUCUCUCAACUGUCACACUAUAACCAUGUUAUAUGUUAUUCUCUCUUCUGACACCCUUCGAAGGAAAUUGAAGACGAAUUGAAUUUCUUUUUAAAUGUAAACAGAGAUGAUUUUUUUGUUUGUGCAUAGUAAUUUCUGAGAUAACAUUUGUAAAUUAAUGAGAAGCAUUUCACUUGCUCUGAUGCACAAAUUUAUGUACAGUAAUAGAAUAGUGAAAGAUGGUUUUAGAGUUUUAGAGUUAAGAUCUGUGUACACUAUGCGAUAACGAUCAACGAUAAAAAGCAAUUGUUUAUAUAGAAAAUAAAAGAAAUAAUACGUUUUUACACUAGCACGUUUCGAUAACGAUUUAUCGUGCAUACGUUAAAGAAUAUUUUCACAAGUCAAAUUAAAUGACGUCAUAGUCAGUGAAAACGAUAAAAAAACGGUUUUACUACUACAAUUUUAUCGUUUUCACGUGAUUAUAACGUCAUUUGAUUUUUAAACAGCCCUUUAGAGUGUCAAAUUAGAAAACAGAAUGUAUAGACUAUUUCGAGGUGUGGGCCUAAAUAGGACUACUAACAUGUCAGGACAGUAUGUUAAUGUUUUGUACAGUCUACAGCCAUAUUUAAUAAUAAUAAUAAUAAUAAAAAUAUUUAUUUGGACUAUCCGAAAUUCAAAACUUAAAGACAAAUGAUUACAAGAUACAUAAAAUUACAAGAACAACUAUUUAUUGUUGUAUAUUUGUAUUAUAGUCUGGUCGAUUUAGGUCAAAAUUAUGGAAUACAGGAAUUAAAUUGUUAAAGCUUUUUUGGUAUCAA